AUGUUCCGCAUUAACAACACCUUCGUCGGAAUCCUCCACACGCUCCCUCUGCUCCUCGGCCUUGCCGCCGUGGGUGUCUCCGCUUACAUCCGCGUCCACGGCGACUGCCAGAAGGUGCUCCAAUACCCGCUCUUAUUCAGCGGCCUCUUCGUUUCCGUCGUCUCCGCUCUCGGCCUCGUCGGCGCGUUAUGCCGCGUAAACGCCGCCCUCUACCUCUACCUCAUCGUCACCUUCUUCGUCAUCCUCGCUUUCGCCUCCUUCACUCUCGUCGCGCUCUUCGUCGUCAACAAAGGCAACGCGCCGCACCGUGCCUCGCGCGUGGGCUUCACCGUACGGGACUUCUCGCCCUGGCUGCGCCACUACGUCUCUGACGACCACAUCUGGGAGGACACCAAGAGGUGCUUCUUGCAAGCGCGUAUCUGUCACGGCCUCGCCGUGGGCGCUAACAAUGUCUCCCUCGUCUUCAAACACUCAACUACCACGCAGUUUGGGUGCUGCAAGCCGCCGGAGCAAUGUGGAUUCAAACUGAACGGAACGUUGUGGGAGGCGCCGAAAGCGGGUGCAGCGGUGGAUGAUUCUGAUUGUAGGGUUUGGAGCAACAGGGAAGAGAAAAUGUGUCUUGAUUGCGAUUCAUGCAAAGGGGGAGUGCUGGCCGGAGUAAGGAAGCAGUGGAGAGAUGUGAGCAUACUGAAUGCGUGCGUGGUAGUGGUUCUGACCAUCAUCUACGUCUUCGCCUGUUACGCCAUCAGAAACAACCGAUUGGAGUACUCCAAAUACACCGCCCAGAGAAACAUGAGAAUGAGAAAACUCACCUCAAUUCACGAUUGAACCCUUUUAUUUCUCUCCAUGCCUUAGGAACAUCGUCUUUCGUUUUUAAUUUUUUUAAAUUACGUUUUUAAUAAUCAUAAUAUCUUAGUCUAUUUCUUUAGUAAUGUAAUGUAAUUACAAUAUAUUUUAUUUCAGGUAAGGUAUUUAUCUUUAG